AAAAAUCGAAACUUCAAAUUUAAAAACUUUCUCUUAAGAGAAUAAAUUUUAAAAACAUAACUUCUUUUUACAUGUUGACCAAACAAAUCACCCAUCACUCGCCAAAAAUUUCCUGGCGCUCAGAGUCCACCCUCACUCAAUCUUCCCUCCCGCCAGUCCCUAACUACUGCUAUUUCAUUUCAUCACCACCUCCAUUCCCGCCAUGGAACUUCUCCAUUCCGCCUCCCGAUUCUCCACCGUCCGAUGCAUCAUCACCCGCCAUCACUCGCCCACUCCUCGCGGACGAUUCUUCGCAAUCGAGUCUGCCUUUCUCAAAUGAGAAAGCUAAAUACCACAAAGAGCUUGAAGCUGCAGUGGCCGUCGUGGAGAAAGCUUGCCGUAUCUGUGUUGAUGUGCAAAAAUCUAUGUUCUCCAAAGGAGGGAUUCUUGAAAAGAACGACCAAACGCCAGUUACCGUCGCAGAUUUUGGCGUCCAAGCUCUAGUUAGUUUGGAACUGGGCAAAUUGUUCCCUUCUGUUCCCUUGGUGGCUGAGGAGGACUCUGGUUUUUUGCGUUCACAUAAUUUGGUGGAUUCUGUUGUAAAAGUAGUGUCUGAUAAAGCAAGCUCUGGAGAUAAAAUGUUGUCAAAAGCUGAUGUACUAGAAGCAAUUGACCGAGGAGGGAAAGGUGGUUUUGAUUUUGGAACAAAGCCAGCUACAUACUGGAUUCUGGAUCCAAUUGAUGGAACACGAGGGUUUGUGAAAGGAAGUGAGGCCUUAUAUGUGGUAGGUUUGGCUCUUGUAGUUGAAGGAGAGAUUGUGUUGGGUGUCAUGGGCUGCCCUAACUGGCUUGAAGAUCAUUCUUGCAAGUCUUCCACUGAAGUUCAGGGAUAUAAAAUCAAUACAUCCAAACCAGGAAUUGUUAUGAUUGCUCACACUGACUGUGGAACUUGGACAAAGAACUUAAUUGAUUUUCAUGAUAUCUCAUCCAAAAUAUCAGCUGGUUGGACAAGAUGCUUUGUUGAUGAUUGCUGCUUAGUUCCCAAAGCUCGGUUUUGUAUUCCAGAUAGCCAGACAUGGGAGUUAAUUCCCCUGUCAGCUUUGUAUGAAGCAAAAAUUGAUGCUGAAGCUGAUGACGUUGGGGAUAAAGAAAUUAUUCUUUUGUCAUCAUGUUGUGGGAGUUUAUGCAAGUACUUAAUGGUGGCUUCAGGCAAAGCAUCAGUUUUCAUGCAACGAGUGAAAUCUCAGAAAGUUAUCAAGGCUUGGGAUCAUGCUGUUGGCAUGUUAUGUGUGCAUGAAGCAGGAGGAAAGGUGACUGACUGGAAAGGAAGUGAACUUGAUAUUGGUGCAGAUCAAGUUGAACGAAGGAUCAUAUUCCCUGCUGGCGGUGUUCUUGUGACUAAUGGCAACAUACAUAACCAGAUACUGGAGAUGAUCUCUUCCCAUUCAAGAAUUUUUUGAUGAUGGAUUAUAUACAAAAUUGGUAUUUGUUUAUGUUGCUCCAUCUUUUGAAUAUGCUUGAGGUUUAUUCUGUUCUUGCAAGUUGUAAAAUAAUUAUUCAGAAUCAGUUCACAGUAGUAUGUGAAAAAUCACAUUUGCCAUUGCAUUAAAGUGUCAAAAGGAACUUCCUUUUAGGAAACUCUUUGUCUAAAAUUCUUGCUAAUAUCCUAUAUUCUUUCAUACUAAUGUGUUUAAUUUUCAUUUUUCAAGGAUAAUUGAAAGGAGAAUGUACCAAGAUUAUGUUUCUGGUUACAGAGUACAGAUGGUUUAGACUGUCCAUCUGUCCUCACAUUUGCAUCUAUCGAUUGGUGGUGUUAAGCUGUUGGUAGUUAUAGAUUAGGAUAUGAAUUUAUCUGAGUUAAAAUGAAUCCAUGAGGACUAACCAAAUGAAACCAAUGAAAGUUUAAUGGCCAACACCAAGAUGUCUUUGAUCUAUUGCCGACAAGGAUGGAGGACAUACUGAAAUUGGGAACCUUGGAUCCUUUGUAAAACAAUAGACUAUGUUCUCAAAGUUCCUUGGAGAAAAUAAAGCCGAUGUUACAGAAUAAGCUAAUUUUUUUCGACCAACCAGAAUAAGUUAAUUAACUAGCAGAGAGUAUCUGUUGAUUCAUUGACAUGGGAUUUUCUGAUGAACAGGAGUUCAAGAUUAGAAACAAACAUGUCAACAAUUUGUGGCAUUGUGUCACGACUGACGAAGACUUCUCAUCUUGAUAUCAUAUACUAGAUUCUUCAAGGUUCAAUCAGUUUGUCUGAUGUAGGUUUCAUAUUUCAUAAUAUGAGUUUCAGAUGCUUAUGGCUUUGUUUAGAUAGUUGAGUUUAUAGUUGAUUAUAGUAAUGAGUUAUGUGUAGUUUAUCUUUUAUCUGGACUCCUUUGUUAUAUUUA